ACUCGUUGCCACCUCUCCCUCUCCCACUCUUAAUUUAACUCCUUCCCUUUUUUAUCAUUAUUAUUAAUCCACCGUCAUCAAAUACCACCAUGCAACUUCUCUCUCCUUCUCCUUCUCCUCCUCCUUCUACACCACCACCACCUUUUUCUUUUUCUGCUGCCGUACCAUACCAGUACUUCUGUUACUUUCUAAUCCCCACACCAAUAAUUCUGCUCUCUUUUCUCCUUUUCCUCUUCCUCCAAUGGCGCCAACGGCGCCGAAUUCCGAAGGCACCCUUGCCUCCCGGCUCAAUGGGCUGGCCUUAUGUCGGAGAGACUCUCAAGCUCUACACCGAGAACCCCAAUUCCUUCUUUUCCGACAGGCAAAAACGGUAUGGAGACAUAUUUAAGACGCACAUAUUGGGAUGUCCAUGCGUGAUGAUAUCGAGCCCGGAGGCGGCGAGAAUUGUGCUGGUGAGCAGGGCACAUAUGUUCAGGCCAACUUAUCCGCCAAGCAAAAUGAAGAUUAUAGGGCCAGAGGCUGUGUUCUUCCACCAAGGCUCCUACCAUUCAAGGAUCAAGAAGCUGGUGCAAGCCUCCUUUCUCCCUUCUGCUCUAAGAGGCUCAGUCUCGGAGAUAGAGAAUAUCGCGCUCAGACUUCUCGCCACCUGGAAGAACAGCUCCAUCAACACUUUGCACGAGAUGAAGAAGUACGCUUUUGAUGUGGCGGUCAUCUCUGUCUUCGGCAACAAACUGGACAUAGAAAUGGAAGGAAUUAAACAUCUGUAUCAAUGUCUUGACAAGGGAUAUAAUUCAAUGCCUUUAGAUCUACCCGGAACUCUCUUCCGCAAAACCAUGAAGGCAAGGAAGCUUCUGAACAAGACUCUAAAGAGGUUGAUAGUGAAGAGAAGGGAGAGUGGAGAAAAAAGUGAUGGCUUAUUAGGAGUGUUAUUAGGAGCAAGUGACGACAAGCUUAAUAAGCAACAGCUUAGUGAUUCUCAAAUUGCUGAUAAUAUAAUUGGUGUGAUUUUUGCCGCUCACGACACUACUGCUAGUGCUCUAACUUGGAUUUUGAAGUAUUUGCACGACAAUGGCCACCUCUUAGAAGCCGUUACCGGGGAACAAGAAGGAAUUAGAAGCAAGUUGUUGGAGGAGAAUCGGGGGCUUACAUGGGAGGAUACUAGGCGUAUGCCUUUGACUACCCGGGUAAUUCAAGAAACUCUAAGAAGAGCCAGUAUACUCUCUUUCACGUUCAGAGAAGCCGUGGAGGACGUGGAAUUUGAGGGCUACUUCAUCCCUAAAGGUUGGAAGGUCCUUCCCCUUUUCAGAAGUAUUCAUCACUCUGCUGAUUUCUUCCCUCAACCCGACAAGUUCGACCCUUCACGAUUUGAGGUGCCACCGAGGCCAAAUACGUACAUGCCCUUUGGGAAUGGCGUGCAUUCCUGUCCAGGCAGUGAGCUGGCCAAGCUUGAGAUGCUCAUUCUCCUUCACCAUCUCACCACUACACACAGGUGGAAAGUGGUGGGAGAUGAUGAUGGAAUACAAUAUGGCCCUUUCCCGGUACCCAAACAAGGCUUGCCUAUGAAGGUAAUUCCAAAGAACAAGAAGGUGACUACUUGAAAACUCAGCUUCCGGGGUUCUCAAUGACAGUUUUCCAGUGGGGCCAAAUGCAAAAGGCCCCAUUGAGCUCUCCCUUCUAUGAGUUUUGCCAUUUUUAGUUUGUCGUUGGGAAUCCUAUGUAUUUGCUAGGGUCAAUGUCAAUGCAUUGCAUUAAAUGUAACAUGUAACAAAAGUGUAUUAUGCAAGGAAAAUAAAGUUAGCAAGGAAAUGGAGGAUUAUGAAAAGGAAAACGUUUUUGAAUGUGUGAAUAACAGAAGAGGUUGAAGAUCUUUCAGGAUCACACAUGUGUGGUUCUGACUGUUGAAGUGACUUUCAUUUCAUUCUCAGUUUAGUAUGAGGGAAGAGGAGAGUGAGUGGUAACUUUCAUUCUUUCAGAUAUUUUCCAACUGUUUUUGUGGCUGGCAAUGGCAACCAAAGGCCUCAGAGAAAGAGAUAAACCUAGGCCAAGCCAGAAUUCAGGACCACGUAUCAUGCAACAAGGCAUUUGGGAUUUUUACACGUGGCGAUAUGGGGAAUGGACAGUAUACUUCCACGUUAGAGCAUC